AUGGCUGCCACAAGCCGAGAUCAUUCGUUAGACGACCAGUCACAUGUUGGACGGAUUCAGGCCGUCCUUUGGGUGGGAUCUAUUCUCUCGACAUUAGCAGUGGGCUUGCGCUUUUUCACCCGCUUGCAUUUGCUAAAUACGUUUGGAUAUGAAGACUUCUUCAUGGCAGUCUCUCAAGUCCUGACCAUGGGUUCUGCCGUCGCGAUAGGUCUGGAAAGCAAAUGGGGUCUUGGACGCCAUCAGUGGACCAUCUCCGACGAGUUUACUAUUCCCUACAUGAAGGCAUUUUAUUCCAGCGUCGUAGUCUAUAACGUCGCCGCGUGUUUCCUUAAAAUUUCUAUCCUAUUUCAAUACCGUCGGAUCUUCGCAGGCCGCACUAUGCAGCGGUUAACGCUGAUCGGCCUCAUCUUUGAGACAGUCUGGGCGGUUACACUUUCCUUCCUCUUACCUCUUACUUGUAUACCGGUGGCGGCCUUUUGGGAUACAAGUAUCGAAGGCCAUUGCCUUAACCAGCUCCACAUCUGGUACCUAAUGGCGGCCAUGAAUCUCGCAACAGAUUUUAUCAUAUUUGGCAUGCCCAUACCUGUGAUCAACAGGCUGCACCUGGCCAAAAAACAAAAGAUAAUGCUCAUGCUUGUUUUUUGCCUCGGGUUUUUCACAUGUAUAAUCUCCGUUAUCCGCCUGCGUACUCUCAAUAUCGCAGCCAAUACCACGGACCCCACCUGGGACAAUGCCGAUGCGGCUAUUUGGUCAUUCCUGGAGUUGAUCAUCGGUGUGCUUGCGGCAUGCCUGCCGACUUUGCGACCAUUGUACGCCAAAGUGCUUCCCCAUCUCUUUGGUUCAACAACAUCGCAGACUGGACCGUCGUCUUCUCAUUUUAGACAACGUAUCAGUUCUGCGUUACCAAAGUCUCAAUCGCGAACGAUUGCGGCAUCCGUGAACCAAACAAGUUCGGAGAGCACUGAGAAACUGAAACUGGAUCAGGACGACCUAACACUCAAAAACAAUUUGAAGGGCACACAGAAGGAAGAUCGAGUAUACGCGGUGGCCGUAAGUAGUGGUGAUCGUCAAAUUACAGGGUGGGGAUUCCGGGGUCGUGGAGAGGGCACACAAAUGCCAUACAGUGGAAUUCACACAACGACGCUUGUCAUGCAGAAAGUAGAAUUUUUACACUACAUCUAA